GUCCGGAGCCGGGCCCUCCGCCGUCCGAAAGCCCCGCCCAGGGCGCAGUCCCGGCGCCCGGUUCCCUUUUGUCUCACGGCCGGGAAGGUUCCGGCCUCGGUUCGCGGACGGAAAGUUUAUGCGGACGGACUGUGCUGGUGAUGGGCGCGGGGUCCAAGUACACCUGAGUUGCAGUCCAAAUGCGGGAGUUCGUUAUUUCCGGGCUGGCGGUUUAGCGAUGAAGCUGUGCCUGGGAACUGGGAAGGGACGCACCAGGGCGACGGGGAGACCCGAGGAGGGCACCAUGCAACAGGGUGAUAAACACUUGCACAGACACUGUGGGGUAGAUGAAGAUAGCCACCCAAGAAGAAGGGUUGAUCAGCAGAAAGCACUACCAUAUGGCAACUAGGAGUUCUUCAGUAAAUUUCUCAAGAGCCACUUUUACAUUUCUCCACUUACAGUUGUCUGUCUGCAUUCUGCCUGGGAACACUAGGAUCAUUUCCAUCAUGCCCACAGUGGUGGUAAUGGACGUAUCCCUUUCCAUGACCCGGCCUGUGUCCAUCGAGGGGUCUGAGGAAUAUCAGCGCAAGCACCUAGCAGCCCACGGUUUGACGAUGCUGUUUGAGCACAUGGCCACAAAUUACAAGCUUGAGUUUACAGCCCUCGUGGUUUUUUCAUCACUCUGGGAACUGAUGGUUCCCUUCACAAGAGACUAUAACACCCUACAGGAAGCACUAAGUAAUAUGGAUGAUUAUGAUAAAACGUGCUUGGAAUCUGCAUUGGUUGGUGUUUGCAAUAUUGUUCAGCAAGAAUGGGGUGGUGCAAUUCCUUGCCAGUUGUCUGUCUGCAUUCUGCCUGGGAACACUAGGAUCAUUUCCAUCAUGCCCACAGUGGUGGUAAUGGACGUAUCCCUUUCCAUGACCCGGCCUGUGUCCAUCGAGGGGUCUGAGGAAUAUCAGCGCAAGCACCUAGCAGCCCACGGUUUGACGAUGCUGUUUGAGCACAUGGCCACAAAUUACAAGCUUGAGUUUACAGCCCUCGUGGUUUUUUCAUCACUCUGGGAACUGAUGGUUCCCUUCACAAGAGACUAUAACACCCUACAGUACAUAGAAAAUGAUGUACCCUCCUGCAGCACCACUUACUUCUGCACUGGUUCCUUCUUUUCAGAUUUGGAAAUAGUGGGAUUUAUUGACAUAGCUGAUAUUUCAAGCCCCCCAGUUCUCUCCAGACAUCUGGUCCUACCUAUAGCACUUAACAAAGAAGGUGAUGAGGUGGGUACUGGCAUAACUGAUGACAAUGAAGAUGAAAACUCAGCCAAUCAGAUCGCAGGCAAAAUACCCAACUUCUGUGUCCUGCUCCAUGGCAGCCUAAAAGUGGAAGGAAUGGUGGCAAUAGUUCAAUUAGGUCCUGAAUGGCAUGGAAUGCUCUACUCCCAAGCUGACAGCAAGAAGAAAUCAAACCUCAUGAUGUCUCUCUUCGAGCCUGGCCCAGAGCCUCUGCCAUGGCUCGGGAAAAUGGCACAGCUGGGCCCUAUUUCAGAUGCUAAAGAAAACCCUUACGGUGAGGAUGACAAUAAGAGCCCCUUCCCCCUGCAGCCCAAAAACAAACGCAGUUACGCUCAGAAUGUGACUGUCUGGAUCAAACCCAGUGGCCUGCAGACAGAUGUACAGAAGAUUUUAAGAAAUGCAAGGAAACUACCUGAAAAAACACAGACAUUCUAUAAGGAGCUGAACCGUUUACGAAAGGCUGCCCUGGCCUUUGGUUUCCUGGACCUGCUCAAAGGGGUUGCUGACAUGCUGGAAAGGGAGUGCACGUUGCUGCCCGACACAGCCCACCCCGACGCCGCAUUUCAGCUGACCCACGCUGCCCAGCAGCUCAAGUUGGCCAGCACUGGCACCUCCGAGUACGCCGGGUAUGACCACAACAUCACACCUCUGCACACGGACUUCUCUGGGAGCAGCACGGAAAGAAUGUGAAGCUGACCUCAGGAGCCUGCCUUCUUUUUUCAUUUCAAGUGAAAUGUUUUGGGGUAAAAACUGCCAGUCUGUUCACCUCUGUAAUAGCCACCCAAACCUCCGUGAGGCUGCCUCAGAAGCACCACCUGCUGGUUUGAAUGACUUUGCUAGAAUCUGAGGAUUCUGAAGGGUGGUCAGCUGCUUGGGCUUUGAUUUUAGCUUUUUGGGGCUCAGUCUUUAAGCCCAAAAGACAACCAUUGCUCCCAUGAACACAUCUCCUAGAAGCUUGAAGGACUGAUGAGCACAGUCUACCCCACUUCCUCAGGAAACACACCAGCAGCAAUUCUCUGGCUUCUGACAGGCAUCUUCUCUUCUCUCCUGUCUCAACCAUAAGGGCAUUUUCAAGCUUCUGUCCUUGGAAUGAGAAGCCCAGACUGUCUAGGACUUGGUAAGUACAAGUCUACGCCACCUAGUUUCAGAACUUUCCUUGGGACUUGGGCAAAAACUUGGUGGUAACCCAGAGGUGCUUUUGGUGUGUCUUGAGAUACAGACUUUUAAACAGCAACCAUAAAUACAUAAAAUGAUUCCCAAUUCUUCAGUUUUUUAAAGAAAAUAAAAUACUUGAUUUUCUAUAAAAUGGUACUACUGGGAAACGAAUAGGUCUUUUACCUUUUGGUUUGUCCUAUCACCUGAGUAUAAUUUCAGCUUCUGAGUGGCACAGCUUCAUAAAUCGUGAGCGUUCCUUGGGUUCCAUAGUGAGUUCCUUGUUUCUCACACUGGUUAGGCCCCACUGCCUUAGCCACGCCCCAUCAGCCCAUCCUGGUAGGUUCUGACAUCACUGCAGUCAGUUCUGGUACCGAUUCAUCAGCUGGCUUCAUGAUCUUAGGCAAGUCAUGUGCCUUCUCCAAGCUUUAUUUCAUCAUCAGUGCUUUUCAAAUUACUCCAGACUUCCUACGGUACUUCCUCAGGCCUCAACCCAAGCAACCACUUUCAGUGUAACAUGCUGAGCUGCUAUAUUAUAAUUUGUCUGAACAAGACUUUAUCAUUAACUAAUUUGGAAACCACCAGACUAAAUAAAUUAUCUUUAAACCCGAGUUUUUAGGAUUUUGAUUGUAAAUGUUUAAUAGAAAUACACAAUCUUGUUUUCUCAGCAAUGAAGAGGUUUAUAACAAUCACUAAGAAUGCAAGAUUCUGCCACAAAGAUGCAGCAUAAUCUGCCAAGCUGAUCUGUCCAGUUACACAUAGAAAGUCAGUUCAAAAAACAGAAGUUAAUAUAAACAAAGUGUUGACAGAAGUUACGGACAUGCAGAAUAUCCUUCAGUGCAAUGAACUUGUAAAAAAAAAAAA